AUGGGGCUACCGGCGCUGGAAUUCAGCGAGUGCUGCCUGGACAGCCCGCAGUUCCGGGAGCGGCUCCGCUCGCACGAGGCCGAGCUGGAGAAGACCAACAAGUUCAUCAAGGAGCUCAUCAAGGACGGGAAGUCGCUCAUCGUCGCCCUCAAGAAUCUGUCGUCGGCCAAACGCAAGUUUGCAGAUUCCCUCAAUGAAUUUAAGUUCCGCUGCAUCGGCGACGCUGAAACAGACGAUGAGAUCUGCAUAGCCAAGUCUCUGCAGGAGUUUGCCACAGUGCUGCGGAACCUGGAAGAUGAGCGGAUGCGGAUGAUUGAGAACGCCAGCGAGGUGCUGAUCACACCGCUGGAGAAGUUCCGCAAGGAGCAGAUCGGUGCUGCUAAGGAUGCCAAAAAGAAAUAUGACAAGGAGACUGAGAAGUACUGUGGUGUCCUAGAAAAGCACUUAAACUUGUCUUCCAAGAAGAAGGAAUCCCAGCUCCAGGAGGCAGACAGCCAGGUGGACCUGGUUCGGCAGCAUUUCUACGAAGUCUCCCUGGAGUAUGUCUUCAAGGUGCAAGAGGUCCAGGAGAGGAAGAUGUUUGAGUUUGUGGAGCCUCUGCUGGCCUUUCUGCAGGGGCUUUUCACCUUCUACCACCACGGCUACGAGCUUGCAAAGGACUUCAGUGACUUCAAGACAGAGCUGACCAUCAGCAUCCAGAAUACAAGGAAUCGCUUUGAAGGAACGAGGUCGGAGGUUGAAUCGCUGAUGAAGAAGAUGAAGGAGAAUCCUCAUGAGCACAAAAACAUCAGUCCUUAUACCAUGGAGGGAUAUCUCUAUGUCCAGGAGAAACGUCACUUUGGGACCUCCUGGGUGAAGCAUUACUGCACGUACCAGCGGGAAUCCAAGCGGAUAACGAUGGUGCCAUUUGACCAGAAAUCUGGAGGAAAAGGGGGAGAGGAUGAAGCUGUUAUCCUGAAAUCUUGCACACGACGGAAAACCGACUCCAUUGAGAAGAGGUUCUGCUUUGAUGUGGAAGCCGUGGAUCGGCCUGGCGUGAUCACCAUGCAGGCACUUUCAGAGGAGGACCGAAAGCUUUGGAUGGAGGCAAUGGACGGCCGGGAGCCGGUCUACAACUCGAACAAGGACAAUCAAAGUGAAGGCACUGCCCAGUUGGAUAAUAUCGGCUUCAGCAUCAUCAAGAAAUGCAUACACGCUGUUGAAACGAGAGGGAUCAAUGAGCAAGGACUCUACAGAAUUGUUGGAGUAAACUCUAGAGUUCAAAAGCUGUUGGGUAUAUUAAUGGAUCCAAAAACUGCCACUGAAACAGAAACUGAGAUCUGUGCAGAAUGGGAGAUAAAGACCAUCACUAGUGCCCUGAAAACGUACCUGAGAAUGCUUCCAGGGCCGCUCAUGAUGUACCAGUUUCAAAGGAGCUUCAUCAAAGCAGCAAAACUGGAGAAUCAGGAAUCCAGGGUGUCAGAGAUCCACAGCCUUGUUCAUCGGCUCCCGGAGAAAAACAGGCAGAUGCUGCACUUGCUCAUGAACCACUUGGCAAAAGUUGCAGAUAACCACAAGCAGAACCUGAUGACUGUUGCUAAUCUGGGUGUGGUGUUUGGGCCAACGCUGCUUCGACCCCAAGAGGAAACAGUCGCUGCCAUUAUGGACAUCAAGUUUCAGAAUAUUGUGAUUGAAAUUUUAAUAGAAAACCAUGAGAAGAUAUUUAACACCGUGCCAGAGACGCCGCCGUCAAACUCACAGCUGCUGCUGUCCCGCAAGAAGAGCACAGAGUCCAAGCCUCCAUCGUGCAGUGAGCGGCCGCUCACCCUAUUCCACACCGCACAGCCCAGCGAGAAGCAGGAAAACAGAAACAGCAUCAUCAACUCCAGCCUGGAAUCCGUCAUCUCUUCAAAUGUAAACAGCUUCCUCAACUCCAACAGCGCGCCUCAAUCCAACCUGAACUCAAGUGAUCUCGAACUAGAAGUAAUUAAACCCAACAGGCCGAACUCACUCCCUCAGAAUCCAAGCCCAACGUCACCCCUCUCACCGUCCUGGCCCAUGUUCUCUGCGCCAUCAAGUCCUAUGCCCACCUCCUCUACGUCCAGCGACUCAUCCCCCAUCAGCUCACCACUGCGGAAAGCCCGAGCUUUGUACGCCUGCAAAGCAGAACACGACUCAGAGCUCUCCUUCACAGCAGGCACUGUGUUUGACAAUGUGCACCCAUCGCAGGAGCCCGGCUGGCUGGAAGGGACACUGAACGGGAAGACCGGGCUCAUCCCUGAGAACUACGUGGAGUUCCUAUAGCCGGGCACGUGAGCGGGACUGCUGGGCGUUACAUGGUAUCCAUGGCACCGCUUGGCCCUGCGUGUGCUGCGGGGCGAAGGGCUCCCCGUGCCAACAGUGUGGGUGCUGCUCUGUGCGCAGUGCUGCGUCCCCAGCCCGGAGCCCCCGCCGCCACGAGGACGGCAGCAAAGCAGCGGCCUGCAGCUCUGGGGGAACGUGUCUGCAGGCCGCCCUGAACCAGCACCGCUGUCCCCAUUGCUGCAGUGCUUGUGAGCUGCAAGGAGCAUCGUCAGCUGCAGGCCCAGAGCCCGACCUGCGCUCUGCCCGGCGCAGGAGAAGCCUCAGCAACAAGAAGCCCUCAGCCGGCCCGCAGCCCCCCGCUCUGCAGCAGUGCGGCGGCACUGAGCCCCCCUGCACCCUGCCUGGCUGGCGAGGGCGGGCGGCCAUCCCGGACCAACCCCUGUGACUGUUUUCUUUUGUUUUUAGGUCUAAGUUUACUCAAGGUAAACAUCUGCAAUGUGUGCAGCCUGCAGAGCUGGACCUGCGGGUACCCGCCGGGAGCUGGGAAUGGUUCUAUUUUGUGAUAGAAAAUGGCGAAGGAAAACCCAGCCCGUGGGCAGAGACCUGUGCACGCGUGGUGGGAUGGGGUCUUUUUGUCCUUUUGUAAUAAUUUUAAAGCCUCUGAGUGACUGGAUUGCUGUAUGUAUGUGUCACUUUUUAUUUUUGAAAGAAUUAAUGUAUAAAUAGAGAAUCUUAAAAUAUAAUGGGGGAAAGAUCUAUAUUAUUUGAUAUUUUUAGAAGGGCUGUAAGGAGAGGAGCGAAGGACAUUUGAAACCGGUGAUGGAAAAAGACGGUGCAAACACACUGACAUCCACAGCCAGCCCUGGGCCUUGGCCUCUCUGUUCGCUUCCCUGUGUCACUGAGAAAUAGGGGAAGCUGAAAUUUCAGACCUCUUUAAAGUUCAUUCACAGUAAUUAAACUUCCUGGACUUUUGUCUUCAGAAAAAAAAAGAAAGACAGGAAAAGUCAGGCUUUUUUUUAAGUACUUUCCAGGGCUGUGGUGGUGCUGCCUUCCCUGCCAGACCCAAGGGCAGUGGCUCUGCUUCCCUUGACACUGCUUCUCCCUUCCCCAUUCUCAUUCCAUCCCUUCCCUCUUCCCAUCCCUGCCCAUUCAAGCAGUAGCAGCGGUGCCCCCCGACCCCAAGCGUGGGCAAAGGUGGAGUGAGCACAUCUGGGCCCCAGAUGGGGUUAAAGGGUGUGAGGCUGUGAAACAGAGUAAGGGAACAGUUAGGACGAAGGAAAAAGCCAGGCUGGCUGAAGCCUUUGGGAAGCAGCAAAGCUGCUGAUCUAAAAAACACACCCAGCAACUGCAGCUCUUAAUUUUUAGAUGUGUGCAUCACUGAGAAAACCUCUUUUGCUAAUUCCUGUGAUUUUCUGAGGUGUCGGGUAGGCCUGCAGGAGUGGCACGCACUGAGGAUGCUCCAGGCACUGCCAGGGGCUGCUGCAGUGGGGAUGGUGUUGUCACUUGUCCUGGGGGGGAUCUGCAGCAAUAAUGCAGCUCCUCCUCUGCUCUGGGAGCAGCCGGCUCUGGCCGCGCUGUGCUGCAGCCCUGUGCUCCUUGGGGUGGGCUGGCUGGUGUGGGUAUUUCGAGCCGCUGUUACUCAGGGAGAGCAACAAUUUCAGGCCCUGGCCAUGAAUUUUUCAGAUUCCCAUCUGUCUCAGCAGUCAGACAAAACAUCCUCCUGGUAAUUGUCUUGUCUCGAGAUGACUUCUGCUGAGCUCGGGGGCCUGAAUUGCAGCCCAGACCAUUACAGCUAAUUACAGCCGCGCGCGGCGGCAGCUCGCGGUGCUCUGCUCCGUGCUGUGGCACACGUGGGGGGCUGGGGCUGUGUCCUCAGUGCCAGCUGCAGGCAGCUCUGCUGCUCCCAUGCAGUGCUGUGAGGCUGUGUGGUGCUGCAAGGCUGCAUGGCGCUGUUUUCAGGGCUGUGUGCUGCAGGGCUGCGUGGAGCAGCUGUGCUGAGCAGCCUGGCCGUGCUGCAGGACAUCGUAGCACCACAGGGCUGUAACACUGCUGUGCGUCCGCCUGCACUGAAGGGUGAGAGAAACGCCUCUGCUGUGGGAAAGGGCUGAGCUCUCAUGCUGACGGAGAAGUUUUGUUACAUUUAUUUCAGGCGCUGCCUGCCACUUUAUUCUGUAAAUUGUAUUUGUAGCACUGGAAUUUUCCUUAGAAGAAUGAUGGCUCUGAUUUUGGUUUCACUUCUGCCGACAGCCUGGAAGAGGCUGUAAGUGAGGGUGGGAUCGAGAUGCUCAUUAGGGGCUCCUGCUGCAGCCAGCUGAUGGCUCUGCUGACACAGAAGAGUUCCUCUGAUGUAUCUGAGAGCUUUCACAGCACAAACCCAAACAGCUCAAGGAGCAUCUGUGCAAGUCCCAGCUCUCCCUGGACUUGCCCUUUGUCUCACUGGGGUGGUGGUCACCUCCCAGCGUGAGCACUGUCACUGCCCUUUGUUCUGCUCCACCCGUGGCACAGCACGGCUCUGGGCAGCAGUGGGACAGAAUGGGAACCCUGUGGGGCUGCAGUGGGUUCGGUGCAUUCUGGGCAGUUCUGGCCCCACAGGUUUCCCCACUGCCCUCAUGGGCUGUAGGCUCAGCCAAGGCCCCACAGCUCACAGCAGAAGGGGCAGAGCACUGGGAACAGAGCAGGAAGGCACAGCACUGCAGAAAGAGGCUGCAGGAGCUGAGGGCUCAAUGACAGGGCAGUAAGACACAGUGCUUCAUGCAAUCCCCAUUUCACUGUUGGAUGACCAAAGGCGGAGCGCGCUCCAUGCAAAGCCUGUUGGGAGCAGCACAUUAGACAGCCCCUGUACAGAGCUGGAAAACCAGCAUUGUCCUUUGCCAAAGGACAGUGCAGAGGUCCCACAUCCCAGAGGUGACAGCCAUGGCCUUCUGCCUCUGAGCUCCAAACUGCCUGGCUCUGGGAGCUCACCGCA